AUGGAACAAAUAGAGGCAAUUUCAGGAUUCGAAUGGAACUCCAUGAGUGGAAUUUGUUCCGAUGAGGCUGAGUUCAUGGCCCAAUUGCUCGGUAAUUCGAAUGAGGUACCGAGCAAUUCUGUUUUUCCUACAUUUGGGCCAGACGAGACAAAUGCAAGCAUAUAUUCUUUCUCACAAGAAAAUGGUGGCAUCUUUUUCCCAUUUUCUUCGAGCCAUGAUGAAGGCUACCAUAAUGACGUUUCUCGUCAAGAGUUUUUGAUCGGUGAUAAUUUUAUGAGUAUGGAUUUCUGUAAGGAAAAUAUCGACUUCUUGAACGUUGAUGUUGUCAGCAAUGACAGUACAGAAUCGAAUGAGAAUGUUUCAGAAGGUGUUGUUCGUUGGAAUAAUUUACGGUUCGGAGAGGAUCUUGCGAUCCAAAACAUGCCAGAGCUACCGAGGGGAGAUAGUACUAUAGGCAGCCCGUCUGGGACGAAGAAAAGAUCCCGAGCAUCUCCAGAAUUCCAGAAGAACAAGCGAAGCACGAAACUCAAGAAGUGUGUGAACGUUGAUUAUGAUGAUGAUAACGUCGAGGGUCAUAAUAAUAACAACAACAAUAUGAAGAUGAUUCAUAGGCAGAGCUCGAGCAGUUGCUGUUCGGAAGAUGAUUCUGUGGGCUCAAAGGGCAGUGGGCCCCACAACUCAAACGGCAAAACACGUGCCAGCAGGGGCUCGGCAACUGAUCCCCAGAGCCUCUAUGCAAGGAAGAGAAGAGAGAGAAUAAACGAGCGGUUGAGAAUCUUGCAGAACCUCGUCCCGAAUGGAACUAAGGUUGACAUCAGCACAAUGCUUGAAGAGGCUGUCCAGUAUGUCAAGUUCCUGCAGCUUCAGAUUAAGCUGUUGAGCUCUGAUGAAAUGUGGAUGUAUGCUCCAAUUGCUUACAAUGGGAUGGACUUAGGACUUGAUUUAAAAAUCUCCACUCCAAAAACAAAAUCUUCAUGA